UUCAGAACUCGAGGGGAAGAAUUAAAGUGAAGAAGGAAGAAUCCUGCUGCAGCAGCCUGUCUUGUUUUAACACAGCGAGUGUCAGAGCAAUGGAGAGGGAGAUCUCCUGAAUUAAAAAGCACUCAAAAACUCUGUCCAACUUCUCCAAUGAACCAGAAAGCAGCCCUUGUCAUCUUCAGGCGGAUGGGUGACCUCUUCCUGCCUAUCUGUGUAAGGAGGACAUAUAAUGAAGAAGAACAGCAGCAGCAGCAGCAAUAAUUACCAUAACAGUAACCAUCAUGUUCCCAAAAACAAUGUCCACGGUACUGCAAAUAAGUACUGGCUGUCCUUGGUGUCUCAGCGCUUCUCCCUGCGAGAUUAUGGUUUCUGCAUGGCCACGCUGCUCCUCUUCUGCCUGGGUUCUCUCUUCUACCAGCUGAAUGGUGGGCCCCCCCAGAUUCUGAUAGAUCUCCGCCUGUACCUAGGAAAUUCCACAUUUGCAGAUGACCAUGGUCCACUUACUCCAAAGGUACUCCCAUUUCCCAGUCAGGUAGUUUAUAACAGAGUUGGAAAGUGUGGGAGCAGGACAGUCGUUCUACUGCUACGUAUCUUGUCCGAAAAACACGGGUUUAAUUUAGUUACGUCGGACAUCCACAAUAAGACCAGAUUGACCAAAAAUGAACAAAUGGAGUUGAUAAAAAAUGUCAGUACUGCUGAGCAGCCAUAUUUAUUUACAAGACAUGUUCAUUUUCUCAACUUCUCAAGGUUUGGAGCAGAGCAGCCAGUGUAUAUCAAUAUUAUAAGAGAUCCAGUUAACCGUUUUCUCUCCAACUACUUCUUCCGACGAUUUGGGGACUGGAGAGGUGAACAAAAUCAUAUGAUCCGCACCCCUGGUAUGAAAGAAGAGGAAAGAUACUUAGAUAUUAAUGAGUGUAUUCUCAAAAACUAUGCAGAAUGUUCCAACCCCAGAUUAUUCUACAUCAUUCCAUAUUUUUGUGGACAGCACCCAAAGUGCAGGGAUCCAGGUGAAUGGGCUUUGGAACGAGCAAAACAGAAUGUGAAUGAAAAUUUCUUACUUGUCGGAAUUCUAGAAGAGCUCGAAGAUGUAUUACUUUUGCUGGAAAGGUUCUUACCUCAUUAUUUCAAGGAUGUCAUGACGAUCUAUAAAAACCCAGAACAUAGAAAACUUGGAAACCUGACAGUAACCGUGAAGAAGUCAUUCCCUUCACCUAAUGCUCUGCAAGUCUUGCACCAGCGCAUGAAAUAUGAAUAUGAAUUUUACCACUAUGUGAAAGAGCAGUUUCAUUUAUUGAAGAAGAAGUUUGGACUCAAAUCAAUUAAAAAAAGCCCGCCCAUUCAGGAGACCUUGAUACCAAUCACUAUGCCUAUGGAGACAGAGGAACCUGUAGAAGAUGAGGAUACGCAAGAUGAUGAUAAGUGGUUAGAGGACAUUUAUAAAAGGUGAUGCGCCCGUUGUUGCAUCACAAUCAUGUGUCCAGAUGCAUUUCUUAAGCUUUUUUUAUUAUUAAAAAAUAAUCUUAAGGAACAUAGUUAAUGCUCAAUUGCAUUAACAGAAAUUCCCACGUUGGGUUUUUGGGAAAUACUGUACCCGGUUUUGCGGGUCUGUUUACUUUUUUAUGUUCAGUGGUUCGGAUAUAAUAUAGAAAUGUGGGACAUUAUGAAUGGAUUUUGCUAGUACUUGUAUUUUACAAGAAACUAACAGCACAACGUCAUGUUCAGAGGUCAAACAGGAAAUGUCAAAGUGGAAGAGAAGGUGAACACUCCAUUUGUGAUCUUUCUAUGCAGUCCUGUUGAUUGCAAUAGUUUGUUAUAUGCAGGACAGGAUAGUUUGCAUUGGCAUUAUUGAAAUAUUUAGUGAUGACUUAGAUUUUUCAUGACUGUAUUAACUAGGCUGUAUACUUUAACUUGUCCCCUGGCCUUAGCAUUUUCAGUCUGCUAUUGAUUUGAACUUACCUUUAAUGUAUUGUCGUAUCCUAAUUUCUAUUCUUCAAAUUGCAUGAGAUCUAUUUUAAGAGUGGCUUCCAACACUCUCCAAAUUUUUGCUUGUAUGCGCAACAUGUAUUAUACAUUGAACAUACAGAUCAAUCCCCAAACUGCUUCUGGCCUUCAGUAGUUCAUUAUAAUUGCUGGUACCUGGAGAGGAGUAACAGUCAUACUAGAACAUUUAAGGGGCUUAUUCACUAAAACAAUGUAUUCAGGUUAUCAAACUGACUUACAGAGAUACACAAGCUGUCACUUGUUGGAAAAACUGUAAUGUAAAACUGUAAAGUAAAUAGUUCAUUCAGAAAUUGUUACAUAUAGUGAGAAAUAUGGUUGAUCUAUAUAAAGAUAAGCAUAAAUAAUGUGUCACUGGACCAACAAAAUGUAGUAUGUAUAAGCAUUUACAUAUAUCUUUGAUUUCAUCUUCUUGACUAUAGAAGUUUAACAUAGACACUACUCACUGUUUGUCU